CAGCGCCUGCCUCUGGCUUCUUCCCCGCAAAGUCUCCAGCACCUAGGACAGGGCCUGGCACGAAGCAGCUGCGCAGCGAAUAGGGAACGCAGGAAAGAACGGAUACGUGCGUGCGGGUGUCCUUUAGAAGGCAGCGCUAAGUGUCUGAGAACCCGUGGUUUCCCUAUGGCAGAAGGGCUCAGCGGACUCGCCGGACGGUGCUAAAGAGGGAAGCGCGGGGCUCAGUUCCGCACCCAGCCCAGCCUCUGCCACACAGACCCGGCGCCCCGCCCACUUCCGGGCCAGCGGAACCGGAAGUGGAGCCGCGGGCUUCCCAUGAGGCUCCGCGGGGCGCCUGUUCAAACCGCAUUGAGAGCGGGGAGGAGGUCGUGAUGGCGGUCCCGGAGACGGAAGUGCAUUCCCCGGCCGCAGUCCCUGAUUUGGAGUGGUGUGAGAAGUCGGAGGAAACCCACGACCCCAAGAUAGAACUACUUGAGACCACCUCCCCCCAAGAACCUCCCAGCCCUUCGGAGCCCCUUCGCCCCAGAGACUGCAUGGUGCCAGUGGUGUUUCCCGGGCCUGUCAGCCAGGAAGGGUGCUGUCGGUUUACUUGUGAACUUCUAAAACAUAUCAUGUAUCAACGCCAGCAGCUCCCUCUGCCCUACGAACAGCUUAAGCACUUCUACAGAAAAGCUUCGCCCCAGGCAGAGGACAUGGUGAAGAAGAAACCCUGGGCCACAGCUGAGGCGAGCAGCAGGAAAUGUCAACAGACCCUGGCAGAACUGGAGAGUGUCCUCAGCCACCUGGAGGGUCUCUUUACCCGGACAUUAGUACCACGAGUGCUGAUCCUCCUUGGGGGCAAUGCCCUCAGUCCCAAGGAGUUCUACGAGCUUGACUUGUCCCGCUUGGCCCCCAACAGCAUGGACCCGAGCCUGAGCACAGCAGCUUGUUUGCGCCGCCUCUUCCGAGCCAUUUUCAUGGCUGAUGCCUUCAGUGAACUGCAGCUUCCUCCACUCAUGGGCACCAUCGUCAUGGCACAGGGUCACCGCGACUGUGGAGAAGAUUGGUUUCGACCCAAGCUCAACUACAGAGUGCCCAGCCGGGGCCACAAACUGACUGUGACCCUGUCCUGUGGCCGACCCGCCAUCCCAACUACAGCCUGGGAGGAUUACGUUUGGUUCCAGGCGCCAGUGACACUGAAAGGCUUCCACGAGUGAAUGGGAAUGCUCGUCGUGAGCACAGUGGCUAAAUUGUCUUUCCCCCUGUGGCACCAAGUCAACCAGCUCUUGCUUGGAGCCAUUUAAUUUCUGGUGAGAGGAAGGGUCUAUCCCCCUGGCUGCCUGCCUGCCUGCCUUAUGCUUCCCAGUGGGCUGAUGGGAUGGCUGGGGCUCUCAUCCUCAUCCCUGGACAAGCAUCUCUUUGCAUCAAAGGCCGAUUUUCCCAGAGGCUGCUGGGUCAGGGGUCUCUUUUGGGGGUUAGAAAGCAAACGUGGGCCCGGAGACAGAUAUCCCUAUGGAGGUGACCCUUUUCUGCUUUUUUGCUGUGGCCUUUCAUAAUUUUUACCAGGGACAGAAUGUGGAUGUGAUUCGUGAACUUAAAUAUAAAAUGAAUGGAUUCAUAUUAAAUUUUCCUGAAAC